UGAAAAAAAAAGACCAAAUUUGAGAUUCUUUCUCUCACAGUCACUGUAUUUGUCAAUUUCACAACUUUUUUUUGAAUACCCUUCUUCUUCUUCGUCUUCAUCUUCUUCCGGAUCUGAAACCCCCAAUAUCUGAGGAUUGAACAACUUCACAGGUACAACAAUGGUGGGUGUUCUUAGUUAUGUGGUGAAGUCUCAUUCUUACCCAUUCUUAUGCACCCAAAAGGCCGGUCAUGAGCCUUUCUCGCGCCCAAAAUCAGUCGAAUUAUGCAGCUCAUUUUCUCACCAUCCAUGUCAAAGGCUGCUGCGAAUGUACAAACCCGAUACCAACUCCCGGAGGAGGAAGAAGAACAACAACAACAAAAACACUUCUUUAGGCAUCCUAACAGUUGUUAGCGAAUUGGGUGGCCAAUAUGAAGAUGCCUUUGGAGAUGUCAAAACACAACUUGUUAACUAUUUUACUUACAAGGCUGUGAGGACUGUCCUAACUCAGCUCUAUGAAAUGAACCCACAACAGUAUAGAUGGUUUUAUGACUUCGUUUCAUCGAACAAACCUGGUGAUGGCAAGCGAUUUCUUCGUAUUCUAGCAAAGGAGAAGCAAGAAUUGGCUGAAAGGGUGAUGGUAACACGGCUUCAUCUCUACGGUAAAUGGGUUAAGAAAUGCGACCAUGCUCAAAUAUACCAACUGAUAUCGGAACAGAACCUGGAACUGCUUCGUGAACGACUCUUGGAGACUGUAAUAUGGCCAUCUGAUGAUACAAGCACAUAGUAGAUCGGAUAAUACAAAUACAGGAUCAUCGACGAUGGGCCAUCUCCACCAUUUGUUAAUUAUUUCAUGUUUAACGAACAAGUCUCUAAUGUAUGUUUUUUUUGUA